CGAACCAAAGUGAACGCAAAAAUACUUUCUAUUAUACUAACAUAGACAAAGCAUUGUAAGGCAAGUCACCUGCACACAUACAUGCACCACAUUUGUAUACAUUGUUUCAGUGAAGGAAAUCAACAACAUUUUUUUUGACGACUUUUUGUGAUUGCACAAUAAAAGAGAACGUUAUUUUAUAUAAGAAAAAGUACAAAGCUCAAGGAUGAUUCAAGAAUACGAAGAUGACUAUUUUCUUGAAGAAGAUAAAAUGGGGAUGACAGUGUCAUCCGGAUCAGUUAUAAUAAAAAAGGAUCAAAGUAAUUUGAUUGGCAUUAGCAUUGGUGGUGGUGCUCCAUACUGUCCAUGUCUGUACAUAGUUCAGGUAUUUGAUGGUACGCCGGCAUCGAAUGAAGGAACAUUACAAAGUGGCGAUGAAUUGCUUGGCGUUAACGGUCAAUCGGUGAAAGGAAAAACAAAAGUAGCCGUUGCAAAAAUGAUUCAAACGGCCACAAAUGAGGUGACCAUCCAUUAUAAUAAAUUGCAUGCUGAUCCAGCUCAGGGUGAGUCAUUGGAUAUUGCCCUUAAAAAGCUGAAACAUCGUUUCGUUGAGGGAAUGUCAAGUAAUAUGGCCGAUUCGCUUGGGUUGUCUCGCGCCAUACUAUGCAACGAUUCACUGGUGAAACGGCUUCAGGAGCUGCAAGCCACUGAAUCAAUGUACCGUGGCUUGGUUGAACAUUGCAAACGAAUGCUGAAGGCACAUUUUGAUGUUAUUCAGUGUUUUUCACUGUUUGGUCGAAACUUUGCGGAAAUUCGUGAACCACAACAAACAGCAUCCGAAACAUUUCGAAUAUUUAGUGAAAUGCAUCGAAAUAUGGAGAAAGAUGGUUUGAAAAUGUUGAAAGCUGUUAAACCGGUGCUAAGCGAUCUUGGUACUUAUUUAACCAAAGCCAUACCCGACACAAAAUUGACAAUUCGUCGAUAUGCAGAUGCAAAAUUUAGUUAUCUAUCAUAUUGUCUGAAAGUAAAAGAAUUGGACGAUGAAGAGCACACGUACGCAGCAUUACAAGAUCCAUUAUAUCGCGUUGAAACGGGCAACUAUGAAUAUCGCUUGAUUCUACGAUGUCGACAAGAAGCCCGAGCCAAAUUUGCAUCGUUACGCAAUGAUGUGUUGGAGAAAUUGGAAUUGCUUGAAAGCAAACAUGCACAAGAUUUAGUAAAUCAUCUUCGAAAGUUAAUUGAAGGCUUAGCCAAUUAUAGUCGAGAUAUAUUGGAAAAAAUGCAGGCAAAUCCAAAUCUAUUUCCAAUUGAAGUUGAUCUCAAACCAAGCGCAUUCCAAUACAAAACAAAUCAGACGGUUAAAUUUGAAGAGGAAGAUGAAGCCCAAGGCGAAGAAGAAAUUCCGAUUGAAAUGGGUGUGGAAGCGUUUACCACCAAAGAUGAUAACAUUAAUAAAUCCACGAAUAUAACAUCGAAUCUAAUAUCGGGAUUUGAGGAAAUCAAUCUGGAGUCGGAGUCACAAAGUAGCCAAGAUAAAUGUUCCACCACCGAUCUUUUGAUCGAGCUUGGAAUUGCGGAUAUUGAUUUAUCGUUGCCAACUUCUUCAACGAUCAAAUCUCAGCCACAAAAUCAACAAAAUAUUUCGAUAGAAAAUAGUCUUGACUGGUUGGCGGACGAUUCAAAUGCCUUUUCUGCAGAUGCCAUCGAUGACAUUUUCAAAUUCAAUGCAAACGAAAUACAAAAUCAAGUAGUUAGCAACAAUAAUUUACUAAAUUAAUUUUUAGUUGUUAUAAAUUAGGGCAAUGUCAACCAACCAUUUCUAGUCACAAAAAUUUGCUACACUGCAAACCAUUAUUAUUAUAUUUUUUAUUUAUUAUACAAUAAAAUGACGUGUUUUUUCAGUGUGAAUAUAGAAA